AUGCAAUCAAGAGAUUCCUGGCCUCAGCCGUUCAAAAGUCUCUGCAAUCACCUAUGGAACACAAGCGACAGCAGCGCCAAGUCCCAGCGCGCGAAGGAAGCAGACCUGCGGUCGAAGGAGUCCGAGUUGCACCGUCGCCAAAGCUCGGACGGCGCCCGAGUGUGCGUUCCGUUCGGCGACGGCGCGUUCCAAGUGAGGCUGCUCAUCGUCACAGCGGUCGCAGCCAGCAUCGCGCUCACCCAGGCAAGCCUCUUCAGGCAUUCGAUGCGCGAAUUAGACCACUGGUGCGCGCGGCCGCCCGGAUUCUCCAACAUGAGCGUGGCCACAUGGAAAGCGAUGGCCAUUCCACGGGACAUCGACGGGAACUUCAGCCGAUGCACGGUACGAGAACCACCCGACGGGGGCGCGUUGGCUCGAGCAGUGCCCUGCGCCGCUUGGGAGUUCAACCUGAGCGACCACGGCAACACCGUCGUCAGCGAGUGGAACCUCGUUUGUCAGCGGAGCUGGCUGAGCGACGUCGCGCACGUGGUCGUCUUCUCCACGAACGUUCUCUUGCUGCCGCUGGUGGGCAUGGCGGCGGACCGAGCUGGGCGCAAGACCGUCGCCUUCGUGUCCAACACGGGCCUCCUGCUCACGCUCGUGGGGUGCAGCAUAGCGAGCGACUUUCAGACGUUCGUCGUGACGCAAGCUGCGGUCUCGGUGUUGUCGAAGAGCAUGGCCGUGCUGUAUGUACUCCUGUACGAAUUCACGACAGCGUCCCGUAGACUGCUAUACUGCUUCGUCGCGCUGGUGCUCCCGAGCGUCUUCGGGCCGCUACUGCUGUUCUUCGUGGACAUGUUCAAGCUCGACUGGUCCCUGUCGCAGCUUGUGGUCACCACGCUUGCCCUGCUGCUCCUAGCCACCUUCUGCGUGGUUGAAGAGUCGCCCACCUGGCUCUUGGCCACACACAAUCUCGAAGAAGCCGAGAAGGUAGUCUGCAGAGCGGGCAGCGUCAACAUCGUGUCUCAGAUCGAGUGUCGCAGGCAGUUCCGCAGCGAAGUGGAGAGCUACAGACGAGAACAGGUCGACCUGCCGUCCGAUAACACCAUGGGGCUCUUCCGUUCGGGAUGGCUCAGAGGCCGCUCGUUCAUACUAGUCUUCGUCUGGCUCGUCAUUAGCUGGGCCUACAGCCAUCACGUGGAAGAACGCGGCGCCACCAGCGACACCUACGUGCGUAGCGCCACGCUCAUCGGCUUGGGUCCCAUGUUCGUCGUCGUCUGGCCGGUCCUGGAGUACGACCAGGGAGUCAAGCGAGCCAUUUCGAUCUCCGCCCUGGUGUUCGCCGCUUCGUCUGCCGUCGCCUUCGCCGUGCCCACAGACGAAUCGUCGCCGUGGCAAACCGUCUUGCCCGUUUCGAUGCGUCUCUCGCUGACCCUUCCCGUCGCGUUCUUAUUUUUUCUCACCAUCAGCUUGUACCCGGCGAUUCUGCGGUGCGAGGCUACCCUCCUUGGCUACGCCUGCGCCAUCGUGGGCGACAACGCGGGCUACAUGGCGUUCACGCGCCUCUUGGGACGACGGCAGGACGCGACCCUCGCAGUCCAGUCCGUCCUUGCUGCGCUUGCCGCUGUGGCCGUCGCGUACCUGCCGCAGGAUGAUCGGCACGAUCUUUCUCGCCGGCGUUCUUUGGCGGCGCUGUGGAGAAGGUCGAGCAUCACCAGCACCAAACAAAUAAGCGGAGGUGCUGUAUGCGAACGCCGAACGCUGCCGGAUCCAAUGCCUGAGCAGUUCUCGAUUCGUGCUGGCAUGCUAAACGACGGCAGGUAG